AUGAUGACAGACCAAACACCCCGUGAACAUCAAGCCGAAAACUCCGAACCCUCUCUCUCUCAGUCAGAACUAGAGGAGAAAUCCGAGCGGCUCCAUAUUCAUGAUCACGAUCGUAAGGAUUUUACGUCGUUCUGCCAACGUGCCGGAUUACCCACUGCUUUUCGAUACUUGAACUUGCUUGAUGAGGUCUUCAAAAUCUUAGAUGUCGCGAGAAAUGCUCGCUUGGGUGUAAUCAAAUUUGCCACCGGGCAAACAAUAGAACCAUGCGAAAAAAUCAAUACCGCGGCGAAAAUCCGCGCGCUCGAAAGCCCCUUGGUCGUAGGCGAAACAAUUUCGCGUAACAUAAUUGAACCUCCCAUCUUGGCCCUGGACGUUGUUCAGAAAGGCUUUAACUCCGAAUAUACUCUCGACAAAGCUCGUGACGGUACGGACAAUAAAGCUCCGGAUGGUAUGGACAUUGAUUCACCGCCUGACGAUAUGAAGACUCUCGACAAAGCUCCGAAGACUUCCAACAAAGCCCCGAACAUUCCCGACUCGCGGCCCGUGGAACUAAAAGAGUUUCCUGGCGCGAUUCCAGUGGCGAGGUUUCUGGAAACCCUUACCGGAAUUUCAGCAAAUACGCUGCCUCUGGGUUCAAUUGCUAGUGAGCAGAAGAAAAGACUGUUGGAAGAGGGGAUGAUGCAUUGGAAUCACUUCAUCCAAUGCACGAAGACGCCGACGACUGAAUCAUUGAUGGAAGGUCUGCACCGAGGGGUGGCUAUGCAAUGUCAGCAUAGCCAAAAGGCAUUUGAUCAAGUCUUGACAAUCUACUUGAAGGAACGAUCCCGAGAUUUUCUGGAACCGAAAAAUAUCUCAUUCUGUGGUGUCCAGGUCAAGAACGUUCCCCACGACACCGCCGCCCAGAUACAUAUACCAGUCGUUGAUGACCCCUGA